AUGUCCGACACUGAAAUGAUCGACGUGUCCUAUACUCCUUCAUUUGAGCCUCAUGAUCUGAGCAAAUUGAACCACCACAUCACCUUACCCGAUUUUGCCAAAAGUGUACAGAAAGCUGUCAAUGCAAGCUUUCCGAAUGAUCAACAACUCAAAUAUGUUCGAGUCUACGCUCUUCUCUUAUUAUGGGAGGAUGAGGAUCCAAAGCUGCCUGUUUCAAAGGAAGUAAAAGAUUUAAACAAGGUUCUAGCUUCUGGCUAUAACUUCGAAGUCGAAAUUUAUUAA